CAAAAUAACAAAUUUCAAAAGACGUGGCAAAAAUCAAAUUAGGAUGACUGAUAAAUGAAUACUUUCUGGUAAUUUGGUUACAUUUUUUUCUGAAGUGUCUCACAAAAAUACUGGUUGGAGCUGGAUAACAAAAAAAGAAAAUAAGAAACCAAAAAGAUUGGAUUACAGCAAGAUGUCUUUGGAGGAAAAACGCUCGCACUACCGAUGUGAUUAUUAUGUGACUUUAGAUGAAGUACAACCAUGGCCAGAUUAUGUGAAGGACAGUCAUUCUUUCUUUACCAGGAAAGGUAUUAUUAAUAUUAUUUUGUACCAUUAAAACCUUACUCUGUGUUAAAAAUCUUUCCCCUUCUCUUAAUUCCCUGCUCUUUAUUAAGCCUCCCUCCUUUCUAUUAAGACACCUUCCCCUUGCUAUUAAGAUCCCUCCUCUCUAUUAAUUUUCAGAGGCUUUUCCCUUUCUUCCUAUUGAGAACCCAUCCUACUCCCUUUACACCUUUUCCCUUUUCUCUGUUAACCCUUCCUCCUCUACAAAACAGUAUCCUCUAUUAAAAGCCCCUCCUCCCUAUGACCCUACUCCUUUACCUUGUUUAUAACCCCAUCCCCUACUCUCUAUUAAUGCCUUUCUCUUUAUUAAGAUGCCCUCCUUUUCUCUGUUAAACCCCUCUUCCUCCCCUGUUAUAAUGUCAUCCCUCAACGAAGCUAGAUCCCUUGCUCCUUUUACCUUUAAAGACCCUUUUAUUAAACUCCUCCUUUCUUGUAAAAACUUCUUGUCCUACUCUUUAUUAAAAUUACGCCCUCUUCUCCAUUAAAACCCCCCUCCUUGUUAAGAUUCAUUGCACCCUCCUUUCCAUCAAGACUCCUUUCUUUCCAUUAAGAUUGCCCCCUUCCCUGUUCUUGAUUAAGACACCCCCUCUCCUAUCUAUUAGGUAACCCCAAAGUUUCAUACAUAUAUUUACCAGGCUUGCUUCAAAAAGAUUCAGAAUUCACCACUGACAAUGAUCACAUAAACAGAAAGGUUUCACUCUGGUUCGGGGAUAUAACACAGCUUGAAAUUGAUGCUAUUGUGAAUGCUGGUAGGUUUCCAAGGUGGACAAACCUGCAACAAUAUCCUAUUUUUCAAAAUAUUUAAUAUCGAACUUCCUCAUAGCCUCACGUAAGCUGGUUAAGUAGUAUUUUAACCUAUGAUGGAGUAAACUCCGAAACGUCGUUUUUAUAAAAAAUGUUAAGCCAGUCGUUUAAAGGGAAAUGGCUUGAUAAAUUUUUAUUUUCUCGUUUGAAAGAACUUUUGUAACUAUAUAUUAACUUCUUUUACCGAUUGUUCAUAUGUUGCUUAGUUCUUGAAAUAAUUUCACUUGAAGUAAUGACACAGAAUAAGAAGUUACAGCAGGAGCGUAACUCUAGUCGUUUCCCUUAUUGUUUUACGUCCACGAAAAUGUUAACUCGCUCACGCCAAUCCACGCCAUCCUGGCUAGUACAAUCGGAAGUUUUUAUCAGGUUUUGGUAGGUACAAAGUGCCGGUUGUACUAGCCAGGAUGGCGUGAUUGAUGACGAAUCGCUUGUAAAAACGCGGACAAAUACUUGCUUGAGUGAGACUUCUGGUACAUACCUUCCUAUUCUGUGGUAAUGAGAUGUCCGCCAUCUUGGAUAAAUUUUUGAUCUCAUUAACGGUAGUUUUGGUGACGUCACAACAGGGAUUAACCAUAUAAUAAAGCAUUAGUUGCUAAUCAAAUAUUGAUUGGUAGAUGUUUUAAAGGUUUUGAGUGAUCUUGUUAUUUCGAAGGGCAGACAGAGUAUAGUUUUGAGUGCAAAAUGAUUAGUGGUUGUCUAGAUAAAAAUAUUGCGUGACCCCUGUUGUGACGUGACAUGCAUAUCUACAAAAAUUGAAGAUGGCGACAUUUCAUUCCUUUCGAUCAAAAUGUUUGUAGAAAUAAGCAAGAUAUGGAAAAACGGUAAAAUGAGAAAAUACAAAAUAUAUAUUGCCAUUCCCCUUUAGUAACACAAGAGUGGGAAAACAGGGAAUAAUUUGAGGAUUCUUCACAGUGUUGCAAAGUACAGCAACCCUAUUUUAUAAAGAGUGUUGUAAAGUCGCAUUUAUUUUCUUUCAGCGAAUAAACGUCUUCUUGGAGGCGGUGGAGGUAGGUCGUGUUCCUCAGUCGCAUCUUGUUACACAGCCGUCGAAAAAAGUCAAAAUUGACAAAACAAUGCCGACCUAAAUCUCACCAGAUCGGCACCUCUCAGAAACUAUCUCCCCCAUUGUAAUUUCG